UGCUUUCCAUAAAAGAAAAAAAGAAGCAAAAUGAAGUUCUUGAUUUACUUUGUUGUGCUAUUUUUCCUAUCAAAUGGUUAUACAGCCAACAGAGUUGCAGAUUCUCUGAUUCGUGAUUCUUGCAAGAAAUCUUCAAAAUCUUCAAAACAAUCGGAACCACAUUACUACAAUUUCUGCAUCGCAUCUAUCAGUGAAAAUCCGGAGAGUCAAAAAGCAAAAAAUAUCGAUGAGUUGACCAUGGUAGGAGUGAAAAACGCUAUUUCGAACAUGACGAAUGUGAAAGGAAUUGUGGAGAAGAUUUUGAAGGAAAGAAAUAAAAAGAGUAAAUUAAGUGACAAGAUGUUGCGCGAGUGCCUUAAACUUUAUUCUCAGGGACAUGAGUUGUUAACCAAAUCUUUAGAGUACAUUACAUUGCGGGAUUUCGAUAAAGUCCACAAUAGUCUUCGUAAUGCAAGAGUUGUUCCGAGAGAGUGUGAAAUGGGAUUUAACGACGAUAAUAAACAGAAAUCUCCGGUGACGAAAGAGAACGAUGUUCUUUUUGACAUUGUUAACAUUGCUCAGUCUUUUAAUUACAAUGCUCAUAUAAAUCCGUACAAAGUAUAGUGCAUGUGUAGCCGAACAGUCCGUCAUAUACUCUAGGGUGAUAAUGUGUGUGUUUUUUGUUUUUCUUUUAGUGAUUUAUAAAAUAAUGAAUUGAUGAAA